GAGCGGCUGCACAGCGACAGCAGCAUACCGCUCAACAUGACGGCGAUCAAGGGCAGCGGCACGCCGGGCGCACCACGCCAGCUUAACGUUCUGAGCAACUUCAAGUACGAGUACCUCGUCGCGGGGAUCUCGGGUGGCGUCGUCUCGACCUUGAUGCUGCAUCCGCUGGACCUAAUCAAGAUCCGUUUCGCAGUAAACGACGGACAUACUAGUACGACACCACAAUACAACGGUCUUAGAAAUGCCAUUACUCAAAUUGUUAAAACCGAGGGUGUGCGUGGGCUCUACAGGGGUGUAACGCCGAACGUUCUAGGAUCAGGCAGUUCGUGGGGUUUCUAUUUCUUCUUCUACAACAUGAUAAAGUCUUCGAUUCAAGGUGGCAAUUCGAAGAAGCCCCUGGGACCGUCCAUGCACAUGUUCGCUGCCGCUGAUGCCGGAGUACUCACACUGCUCAUGACUAACCCUAUUUGGGUGGUAAAGACGCGGCUGUGCUUACAAUAUGCUAGUGAUGUGAACAUAGCAGAAUCGAAGAAGUAUCGUGGCAUGAUUGAUGCUCUGAGGAAGAUUUACAAGACGGAGGGUAUUAGAGGUUUAUAUAAGGGUUUAGUUCCUGGAUUGUUUGGCGUUUCACAUGGUGCUAUUCAAUUCAUGGUAUACGAAGAGAUGAAAAAUGAAUAUUACAAUUAUUUGAAUGUACCCAUCGAUACGAAAUUGAGUACUACCGAAUAUAUUAUCUUUGCGGCGAUGUCAAAGCUGAUCGCUGCAGGGUCGACGUAUCCUUAUCAAGUGGUGAGAGCACGACUUCAGGAUCAUCAUCACGAUUAUCGGGGUACCUGGCAUUGCGUUCAAUGCACAUGGAGGUAUGAGGGUUGGCGCGGCUUUUACAAAGGUUUAAGCGUAAACCUCACCAGAGUGACUCCGGCGACAGUUGUCACAUUUGUGGUCUACGAAAAUAUGUUUCAUUAUCUGCAAUCUGGACGCGUUGCCGUGGAAGAAACGAUUGCUGUGCCUGCGGUUACUAAACUGAAGGAGUAAGGUAAAACUAGGGGAUUCCUCGGAGCUUUACUAAAAUACAUGUGUAAUCCGGAUUUGUUCGGUGUCGUAUGAAUAUUGUAUUUCUGGCGAUAUAUGAACUGUGAAACCAGUGAAUCAUAAUUAUAAUAAAAUUCUAUUGUGAAGACUUGAGAUACAAGCUUUAAAAUACAAUAAAUUUAAAUUUCUUGUAUUUUUAAUGUGUAACAUAGAUUGAAGUUGACCUAAAAUGGCUACAAACUAUUGGUUAUUUUAUUCUGUCUAUAAUAAAUUCAGAUUAAAUUUUAUAGUUUUUUUAUAGAACAUCCAAUCAAAAAGAUUUAAAUAGAUCAAAUAGAUUAAAAUAUUUCUAACGUGUCAGUGAUCUGUAUAAAUAUUUAUCGGAUGAAGUAAAAGUUGAACAAUUGAAGAAUGUAAAUGAUUAAAGUUUUUAGGUGCUUGUUUGAAAAAUCCACAGUAGAAAUUAUUUCCAUUAAUUGCUUUUUUAUAUUUUAUGCAUAUUUGAUUCACAAGUUUUCAAAAAACAAAUUAUGUUUCCAUUGUGUAUGUUUGCUUAAUUAUAAUUUUUAAAUUUAUUAACUAUGAGAAAGACAAUUUAAUGGUACAUAUUGAUUAUAAAAAAGUUUGAUAAAAUGUAAUUAAAAAAAUGUUUUUU